CUUAUACAGUCCGCGCCGAAAGUAAUGGCGGUGGAGAUGUCACAUCUUUAUUUGGCCCAGAAUCCACUGAGCAAAAUCAAGAACUUAUAAUUCCUAAUGGCUUUUUUACUAAUAAUAAUACUGAGUGGAAUAAUACCGAGUGGAGAGAGCCAGAUGAAGAAAAUAAAGAGAAUGAAGGUAUUGAUAAAGCAGAUUAUCAAAAUAGUGGUUCACAAUUACGCACUGCAUUAGAUAAGUUGUGCUCUUUUCUUUAUGAUCUUAAUCGUGAUUUAGAUCCAACAGCUCGUGUUAAGAGUGAAUCCAUGAUUCGUGUUCAAGUUGAAUCAAUUAAAAGACGAAAAUCAGAGACAUCUGGUGGUGGAAAGCGAAAACUACCUGCUACUAUCAGUAAAGGAAAGGAAAUUUUGGAACCUCAGGUCAUUCCUGCUCGAAAAAAGAGGAAAACAAGUAAAAAGGAUCAUAAUUUAAGUAAAAAUAUAUAA